AUGUUAUUAUUAACCUUAGGUGCAGCAUUGCUUAUCAAUUUGGUCGGAGGUGAAGAAGUUCUCCAAUGUCCAGAACAUGGAGUACUAACGUAUCCAGAUCCAGUAUUAUGUGAUCACUUUUACCUUUGCGUAAAUGGAACUUUAACAUACGAACAAUGUGAAAACGGUUUGUUAUUCGAUGGUAAAGGUGCCGUUCACAAUCACUGUAAUUAUAAUUGGGCUGUACAUUGCGGUCAUAGAAAAGCCGAUUUGACUCCUAUAAGCACUCCAGGAUGCGAGUAUCAAUUUGGAAUUUAUCCCGACGGACCUGAAUGCAGCACCAAUUUCAUUAAAUGCGAAUACGGUGUACCUCAUCUUAAACCAUGCGAACCAGGUUUGGCAUAUGACGAAAAAAUACACAAAUGUAAUUGGCCAGAUUUACUAUUGGAUAAAUGUAACCCUGAAGCCGUUGUUGGAUUUAAAUGCCCAACUAAAUUCCCUGCUGAUUCUGUUGCUGCUAAAUUUUGGCCGUAUCCGAGAUUUGCCGUACCUGGAGAUUGCACUAGAUUGGUUACUUGUAUUAAUGGAUUUCCAAGACUUAUAAAUUGCGAAGAAGGAAAAUUAUAUGACGAACACUCCGGUACCUGCGAAGAAGCUGAAUUAGUUCCUAAAUGGUAG